CUUCAGGCGCCCCCUGCGAGUCAGGCGACGAGGGAGACUUCGGGCGCCAGGGACGGCCAGGGAUCCCUGGGCUGGUGGGCUUGCCAGGUCCCCGGGGUCCCAAGGGCGCCCCUGGGAGCGUCGGGCUGCCUGGUAUCCGUGGUAUCAACGGCGUGCCUGGAUCGUAUGGUCUCUCAGGCGCCCAGGGCUGGAAGGGCGAGGAAGGUGACCUCCUGCCGGGCCCCUUCGUCAAGGGCAGAGUUGGCGACGACGGUCAGCCAGGUCUCCCGGGUCUCUACGGACCAAAGGGCGAACCCGGAUUCGACGGACGGCCGGGGCUCGACGGCAGGGCGGGGGCGAAGGGCAACCAAGGCGAAGAGGGCCUGACGGGCCUCGACGGGCUGCCCGGACGCCACGGCUUCAGCCCCCCCAAGGGCGUCCCCAUUCCCGGAGACAACGGAUGGAAAGGCGCCACCGGAGACCGCGGCGCCCCGGGCCUCAUGGGGGAGCCCGGGCAGAUCAUCGGCGUGGGCGGGGUCAAGUACACGCUUCUGGUCAAGGGCGAUCAGGGAGAGCCAGGACCCCCCGGACCCCCAGGCUUGGACGGCAUCGAGGGGCCCCGAGGUCCCGACGGGCGCCAGGGACCCGACGGGCCCCCAGGGAUGGGGAACAGGGGUCGCAAUGGCCUCAAGGGCUAUCCGGGCAGCCCUGGCGACAUGGGGCGCGUCGGCAGGAAGGGCGAACCGGGCUACAAUGGAGAACCCGGGCUGGACGGCCUCCCGGGCACGAAAGGGGAAUUGGGAGAGGACGGAAGAAGCGGAGACACAGGUCGACGCGGUGACCUCGGACGACCGGGGUCAAAGGGCGAACCAGGAUUGCCAGGCGUGUCGGGCAGAAAGGGCUUCGACGGGCGUCCCGGAGCCCCCGGGCGGGACGGCGACAAGGGGGCGCCUGGAUCCAUGGGCAUCUCGGGCUAUAAGGGCACCAAGGGCGAAGAGGGCGACCGCCGACGAGGUCAACCGGGCAUCGCAGGUCAACAGGGCAUGCCGGGCUUCCCAGGUCAACCGGGCACCAUAGGUCAACCGGGUCCCACGGGUCGUCCGGGCGGCAGAGGUGACCCGGGCAUUCGCGGAGACGAGGGAGGGUCAGGUCGCGAAGGUCAGCCAGGUCGCGUCGGGUUGCCAGGUCGUGUUGGGGAGGAUGGCAGGCCGGGCAUUACAGGAUUCAGAGGAUUGAAAGGAGAAGAUGGAUUGAUGGGAAUUCCAGGUCAGGUCGGCGCCUCAGGUCGGCCGGGCAUCUCAGGUCAGCCGGGUCGCAAGGGCCUCGACGGUGACCUGGGUCGACCGGGCAAUCUCGGCUUCGAUGGAAAUCCCGGACCGAGGGGCCAGAAGGGCUUCGUCGGAAACCCCGGUCUGCGCGGCGCCCCGGGCGACAACGGCACGCACGCUGGCCACGGCGACGAGGGCUUCCAAGGAGCCCCAGGCGACGCGGGCGUCCCCGGCCUGCCAGGCCCCAGGGGGUUGUUAGGGACCCCUGGGGAGGAGGGACAAGGGUUCCCUGGCCUUCAGGGACGCGUCGGGCUCGUCGGCGAGAGGGGCAGACCCGGGCUGCCAGGGGUCAAUGGCAAGAAGGGCGAAAUGGGAACCAUGGGCCUCCCAGGGACAGCAGGCAUCCGAGGCGAACCAGGGGACACAGGGGUCCCUGGGCCCCACGGAGGGGAGCUAGUGGGCCCUCGGGGACCAGACGGAAGAUUCGGACUCAAGGGACAGCCUGGCGAUGCUGGGCGGUUCGGUAUUGCAGGACCCCCAGGCGACCUCGGGCCCCAAGGGACGAACGGCAACCCGGGCCCCAAGGGAUACCCAGGGCGCCCAGGGGACAGAGGGCCCCCUGGACCCACCGUGGGAGGGACCCCGGCGGAGGCAGGGGACCCCGGGCGCAGGGGCCUCGUCGGCGACAGGGGCUUCGACGGACGGCCGGGACUGAGGGGGAUUAAGGGCUUCCGCGGCGACGGCGGGCGCGCGGGCGCGGUCGGCCGGCCUGGCAUCCCCGGCCGGCCCGGCGAGGGGGGCGCGCGGGGCCGGAUCGGCCAGCCGGGCCUGCCCAGCAAGAAGGGCGAACCGGGCGAGGAGGGCAUCGCAGGCCGCCCGGGCAAGGCAGGUCACUCGGGCAGGUCAGGUCAGAAGGGCAGGCCGGGUGACUUCGGGCCCGACGGACCUCCGGGCGAGAAGGGCCUGCCGGGAGGGAGCCUGCCGGGUCUCGGGGGGCCCAUCGGGGACCGCGGCUUCCCAGGGGCGCCCGGACGAGACGGACUGCCCGGCCUCAGGGGACAGCGAGGACCCCCUGGCGACGACGUGCUGCGCAGGGGAGUCCCUGGGGAUCGCGGCCCGCAGGGUUUGCCAGGACCGAAGGGCUUCCGCGGCGACGUGGGGCGCCCUGGCCUGACCAGCCCUCCAGGCUUCCGAGGCUUCAAGGGCGAGCAGGGCGACCGAGGCUUCCCGGGGCUUCCUGGCGAGAGGGGUGACCUCGGGCCGGCCGGUGACCCCGGGCUGGCCGGGGUCAUCGGGGCGGCGGGCUUGAAGGGAUUUCCUGGUAACCCUGGUUUACCUGGCCUUUCCGGAGGGGUUGGUAUUCCUGGUUCUCGAGGAGACGUCGGUUUGCCUGGUAAGAUACACACAC